AUGGUAGAACCAGCUCGUGUACUUAUUACAGGUGCUGCAGGACAGAUAGGAUAUGUCCUCUCUCAUUGGAUUGCAAGUGGUGAAUUAUAUGGUGAAAGACCAGUAAUUUUGCAUUUGUUUGAUAUUCCUGUUGCUCAAAAUCGAUUAACAGCUCUUACAAUGGAAUUACAAGAUUGUGCAUUCCCGCAUUUAGCCGGUUAUGUUGCUACAACUGAGCCCGAACAGGCUUUCAAGGAUAUUGAUUGUGCUUUUCUCGUUGCAUCUGUUCCUAUGAAAUCUGGUCAAAUCAGAAGCGACUUAAUUGGUUCAAACUCCAUUAUUUUCAAAAAUACUGGCGAAUGGCUUUCGCAAUACGCAAAGCCUACCGUUAAAGUUUUAGUUAUCGGUAACCCUGAUAACACUAAUGCAGAAAUUGCACUCUUACAUGCCAAGAACUUGAAACCAGAGAACUUCAGCUCUCUUUCCCUUCUUGAUCAAAACAGAGCUUAUCAUGCAAUCGCGGAAAAGCUUGGUGUCAAGGUUACAGAUCUCCAUGACAUUGUUGUAUGGGGUAAUCAUGGUGAAUCCAUGGUUGCUGAUCUCACACAAGCAACUUUCGAAAAAGACGGAAAAAUCCAAAAAGUAACAGAUGUUUUAGAUGAAAAAUAUAGAGAAGAGACAUUCUUUAAGUUCAUUUCUCACAGAGGUUGGGAUAUUGUUGAGUACAGAGGCUUCAGUAGUGCUGCAUCUCCUACAAAAGCUUCAAUUCAGCAUAUGAAAGCUUGGCUUUUCGGAACCAAACCAGGAGAGGUAUUGAGCAUGGGAAUCCCAGUCCCAGAAAACAACAAAUAUGGUUUGAAGCCAGGUGUUGUUUUCUCUCUCCCAUGCACAGUUGAUAAAGAUGGAAAUGUCCACGUCGUUGAAACUUACAAAGUCAAUGACUGGCUCAGAGAGAAGCUCGAAUUUACAGAGAAGGAUCUCUUCAAUGAAAAGGAAAUCGCUUUGCAUACAUUAGGGGAAAUUAUAAAUUUAUACCACUAA